AUGGCGGACGAAGUUGAAAAUCUAGACGAACAAAGAAAACUUGAAGAAAAUCCCUUUGCUUCUCUAAAGAUUUCAUCUUUUGAAGUUUUAAGAGAUGCUGAAAGGAGCACUUGCAAGAAAUGCAAGGCAUCUAGAAAGUACUAUUGCUAUAAAUGCUUUGAUGUUGUUGGCAUUGAACGUUCCAUGAUUCCAUUUGUUAGCCUUCCCCUUCAAGUAGACAUAAUAAAGCAUAAAGGGGAAGUAAUGGGAAAAAGCACUGCUUGUCAUGCUGCAAUACUAGCACCUGAUAAUGUCACAAUUCAUCAUUUUCCUACAAUACCACAAUUCAAGUCAAAAGAAAAGGUCAUUCUUGUCUAUCCCUCAGAGACUGCUUUGAGUCUUGGUGAUCUUGAAAAGAAAACUUCCAGCAAUGACUGUACUCAUUUUGACCAUGUCAUUUUCAUUGACAGUACUUGGGACCAGACCCACUCAAUUAUAUCAGAUCCAAGACUUGCAGAUAUACAGAGAGUUAAAUUAGAAAAUGCAACUACUUAUUUUUGGAGACCUCAAAGGAAACCAAGCACUUGUUUAGCAACAAUAGAAGCUGUUUAUUACUUUUUCAAAGAAUAUCAAAAGUACAUAAUGAAAAGCGACUAUGAUGGACAGUUUGACAAUUUAUUAUAUUUCUUCGUCUUUCAAUAUUUGUUAAUCAAGCAAAAAAAACGAAAAAGCAAAAGGCAAAAACUUGAGUAGCUUCUAAUCGCAUAAUACAUUACUGAACUCCCCAUUCAGGUGUACAGAUAAUUUUGGACAUGGAAAGACAAACGUUUUUGGCAAUAUUUGUUUUAAUGGUAUUAUCGUCAUUUCUGAUUGCAAGUACGACCAGUUCCUCUUAUGAUGCCUGUAGUUUUGGAAGUCGACGCUUUGCGAGAAUUUGUAAAAGAAAUCAAGUACGAAACAAGGUAGUGAUGGAUCUGGCAGACAAUUCGAAAGAAAGAUCACGUGAACAAACAGCAAGUGAAGAUGUGAGUUCAUACCUAAAGCGAAUAUUCCAAGACGACUACUAACGCAAAGACCUGCGUGAUAAACAACCAAUGUACCAUAAUAUAAACCACUAAUUUAAAAAUCACCAGUCACGUGACUCCAACGACACCAUCACGUGAUUGAUGAURCCAAAUAUAGUCAUUGAAAAUUCAUAAGUGAUAUACUGGAUAUCAAAAUGUUUAUGAUUCAGUGCUAGUAAUAUAGAUAUAAUUGCACUAUUAUUCAAUACUAUUUAAAAACGACUAAAAGUUCUAGAAAMGUAAAGAAUAAAGAUGUGACUGUACAAUAUUGAGCAACAACU